GCCGAUUUCAAAUGUAAACAAACACAAUUUAAAGGUUGUUUCCGCCGCCGACACUUUAUUGGAGAAAAUGAGUUAAAUCUAAGCAAUAAUGGAGAGUUUGGGAGGCAAAAGUGGUGGCGAAAUCCUUGCAAACUGUGAGGUCUGCAUUAAAUUCAUCGAGGCUGGUUGUGCUGUUGCUGCAGCCACUGUUCGCAGGCUCAGGCUCUUGGUAGAACUCAGUGGAAGGUCUACAGGAACAUCAAAGGAGUUGUUAGUCAGACUGACUGAUGAUAGUGACCCUUUUUUCCUGUUUACGUGCAUUGUCUGUGAGGAGGACUAUCAUGCUCUGCGGCAAAGUCAGGGACUUCUGAUUGACUUCAGUGCUUUCCCACAUAAAUUUGUUGAGCUUGUUAACACAUGCAUCAGAGAAAGUGGCAAAGACUCACCCAAAUUUGUGCUUGCUCUCCGAUGCUCCGAUAGUGGGGGAGACAGUGCAGCUUUGGAGGUUGUGGAAGUUAACAUUUUCAAACAUCUGUGUCACCUGUCUCUCACACUCACUCCAGCCUCAACACAGCUGAAACUCAGUCACCUAGCUGAGUGUUGCAAAGCUCUUAAGGCUGAAGUUAAAGCCAAAGAGAGAGAAGCAGAAGAAAAUGCAAAGCAGUUAGAAAACCAACUAAGAAAUACGCAAGAUAUCUUGGCCAAGACCUCAAGAGAAGCCCAGGAACUAAGGUCUGAACUAAAUCACCAAAUUGCCUUAUCCUCGGAGAAGCAAGCGCAGCUCAUUAACCAGGAGAAAGACAAGCUUCUGAAGGUACAGAGUGAUGCCGACAGGAGAGCCGACCGUGAGAGACGUGACCUGGAGGCAAAAAUGAGUCAUCGGAUAGACCAGCUCCAGGCCAAGGUUUCCUCACUCACAGCGCAAAAUAGUGAACUCUUGGAAAAGAAGCAGAGAGCAGAAGGCAGUGUAAAGGAACUCCGUAGUCGUCUGUCAAGUGCAGAGGGCAAUCUGGAACGUUGCCGGCAGGAAUUGGGCCACACUAAGAAGAUAAAUGCUCAUCUCGAUAAAGAUUACCAUUCCAAAUCAUCUGCCGUGCGAGAGUUAGAGUCAAGAGUCUCUCAGCUUGAGGGUGAACUUCGGAGUAAAGACACUAGCCUCGGGCACACUCAGGAAAUGCUAGAAUCUCUACAGCAGCAGAAGAGGAGUUUAGAGGAAGCGGUUGAGGAAAAACAGCAAAAGUUAGCCAAGCGGGAAAAUUCGAUCCAGAUGCUGUAUGCGGAACUGCAGAAAAGCCUGGAUGUGAUAAAGAAACUUCAGAAGAAAAUCAAAGAGGAACACAUGACGAGUAAUGUUCGUGGGGCAGCCCUAAUGGAGCAGGACAAACUCGUCACAGAAAAGGACUCAAAGGUUGCAGAGUUGAGCGAGCAGGUGCAGCAGAUGGCAACCAAGCUUUCGCAGCUCACCCUCGACAAUGAGAAACUCCUGGGCGAAAAUCGAAAAGUCAAGGAGAAGCUGCUGGAGCACGAAAAGACGCUUGAGACCAACGAGAAAGAAGCAGCUCAACGAAACCGAAAUAGCUGGAGCUGUCAUCAAGCGGGCCCCCCUUACUGAAGCCUACCUUACGUCCCAGAGCCAUGGGGUGCAAGGUCCUCGUUUCCCCCCCUCAGGUUUGCCCACGGAACUUGCACACUCCACGCCUCUCUCAAACACGCUGCACUCCUUGCCCACCAUUGGUAGCAGCGGCAGGUCUGGAGGAGGUCACUCUACGGUGAAUUCACUUCGCACUUUCGGCCACAUUCCACCUAUACCAGAAGAGAUCAGUCCUCGUACUUCUCAUGUGUCGCCCACGGAAAAGGAUAUUUCACCUGUUGAUAAAGAAAAUGUGCAAGGUUUGGAUCCAAAAUACUAUGAACCAACUGGUGUAUCUGCGGUACAAGUUCAUGGUUUACUAAGAGCAAAUUACCAAAGAACAUCGCACAGAGACACUGGUAGCCAGCCAAGAGACUUUGCAGCUGACGGCAAACAAGGAGAGAGAAGAGAAGGCAGAGGAGGAAGGGGAGGAGCCACCCGAGGAGGAAGAGGACGUGGAAUAGGGGAGAGAAAGAUGACCGAUGCCGCUAGGAAAUUCGGAACGUCGACUUCACGGGCAUCGAAUUACUUCCCGAGAUCCUGACUCUUGUGGAAUGUGAAUUUGAGUCUUCCUUCUCUGUGACGUCGUAAUUUGUGUAUCGAUAUUUCACAUUUUUAUAACCUCUUUCCUUCAUAAUAACUAGUAUUCCAGAAUUUUAUUGUGUAUCUCAAAUUGAUCUAGAUGAAUUAUAUACAACGGACUAAAGCUUCACCAAAAAAUAUAUUUUAUGUGUAUAUGAUCUCAGUAUCUUUAUAGCCAACAAAAAUGUGUAAAUAUAUUUUUCAAAC